AUGCCCGAACCUUCUCUCCCAUCCCCUGCUCAUCCCGACGUCGACUCCAUGCUCACCCGCAAAUUUGGCCGCGAAGUAGCCAACUACUUUUCCGGCUCGCCCCUCAACCGUGUUUCCUUCCUCCGCGCAAACCAUGAUUUCAUCUCCAGCGCAUUCACGCAUCCCGCCACCAACUUCCUCCUUCUCAAUAAUCUUGCUCCGCUGACUAAAGAUCCCAGUCACCUGGCCUAUUCCUCUCACUCCGACAUCACGGGAUUGACGGGACAGAACCCGUUUGAGAAAGAUGAGGAGACGAUGAUUAAAGAGUAUAAUUCUUCCAAGACGUUACCCUUAGUUUUAUUCCUGGGCUUGGAUGAAAGAAGUAAAGAUAAAGAAGGGUUCAAGCAUGGCAUUUACAGCGGAACUCCUUAUUUUGCAAUCGAUGUCACCCCCAAGGGAACAUACGAAAACGAAGCAAACAGCGUGGUGAAAGCCAUGCAGGAAAAAGGAUUGGUGUUCCAAGAGGGAAGGAUGCUCAUGAGUCUGGACGCACAAGAAGCUGCGAUUUUCGCCCAGGCACGAGCGCUUCUGGAUUGGAAUGCUAGGAAUCCUUUCUGUGGGGGCUGCGGACAACCUACGCUUUCUGUCAACGCAGGCACCAAACGCGUGUGUCCCCCCACCGAUUUCGCCUCUCUCCCCACCGCCCAAGCAGGAACCAACCCCGCAACCCCCACCCAAAGAGCCUCCUGCGCAACCCGCAAAGGCGUUUCCAAUCUCUGCUUUCCCCGCACAGACCCCACCGUCAUCAUGGCCGUCGUCAGCCACGACGGCAAACGCAUUCUUCUCGGCCGUCAAAAGCGCUGGCCGCAAUACUGGUACAGCGCGCUGGCCGGGUUCUGCGAGCCCGCCGAAUCGGUCGAGGAAGCCGUGCGUCGCGAAGUCUGGGAGGAGUCCGGCGUGAAACUCGGUCGUGUCGUCAUUCAUAGUACCCAACCUUGGCCCUAUCCUGCAAACUUGAUGAUUGGUGCCAUUGCCCAAGCGUUGCCGGAUGGUGAGAAAAUCCAUCUGGAGCAUGAUCCGGAAUUGGAAGAUGCGAAGUGGUUUGAGAUGGAGGAGAUUAGGGAAGCGUUGUUGAAUGGAACGAGUCCGUUGGGAGAACCAGCUAGCGAGGGGUACAAGGAGGGAAAUCUGAGGUUACCAUCUGUCACGGCCAUUGCGACGCAAUUAAUUAAGGCGGUUGCGGAGGGCUUUUUGGGUGAGAGUCCUAAGAUUUAA